CUGACAUCGUCGAUAUAUCUCUUUGGGUCUGUGCAUGCUUGGUACGGAAAGCCAGUUUAGUAAUUUGCUACUCGUCUUUUUAUAAUUUCAUACUUUUAAACUCGGAAACAUGUCAUUCAUCGUAUACGACAAGGACUGCCAUUUCCCAAUCCAAAAUCUACCAUACGGCGUUUUUUCUACAGCAGAUAAUGCUCAGCAUCGUAUCGGUGUUGCUAUUGGCAACAAGAUUCUUGACUUAAGUGUCAUCAAGGAUCUUUUCAACGGGCCAAUUCUGUCUGAAUGUAACCAUGUGUUCGCAGAGGCAACCUUGAAUUCCUUCAUGGCUCUGGGCAAACCAGCAUGGCAAGAAGCAAGAGUUACUCUCACCAAACUGUUGUCUACUGAUGACGCAACUCUUAGAGACAACGCCAGCUUAAGAACCCAAGCAUUUGUGGAUCAAGACAAAGCUACAAUGCAUAUGCCAGCUAGAAUUGGUGACUACACUGACUUCUACUCAUCAUGUUAUCAUGCCACGAAUGUCGGCACAAUGUUCCGAGGCAAGGACAAUGCCCUGCAGCCAAACUGGAAGCAUCUUCCUGUUGGUUACCAUGGUCGCGCGUCAUCGGUUGUAAUUUCGGGAACUCCUAUCAAGAGGCCAUGUGGACAGCUGAAACCUGAGGACAAGCCUCCUGCUUUGGGUGCUUGCAAACUGAUGGAUUUUGAGCUAGAAAUGGCAUUCUUUACAGGACCUGGUAAUAAGUUGGGAGAGCCAAUAAGCAUUGAUAAAGCACAGGAUCAUAUAUUUGGUUGUGUGAUCAUGAAUGAUUGGAGUGCUCGUGACAUUCAGAAGUGGGAAUAUGUGCCUCUUGGGCCGUUCUUAGCUAAGAACUUUGGCACCAGCAUCUCUCCCUGGGUCGUUACCAUGGAAGCACUUGCUCCUUACACAGUUGCUAAUGAGCCACAGGAUCCAAAGCCUCUUCCUUAUCUCUUCCAUGAAGAUGACUACAAUUUUGACAUCAACCUAUCGGUAACUCUUAAAGGUGAUGGAGCAAACAAGGUGGUCUCAAAUUCAAAUGCAAAGGAACAAACUUCCUUGGGAUGCAUGCUGGAGCUGUCAUGGAAAGGAACAAGAGAGGUUGAUCUUGGCAAUGGUGUCACCAGGAAAUUCCUGAAGGAUAACGAUGAAGUGAUUUUGUCUGGGUACUGUCAAGGAGAUGGCUUCAGAGUAGGAUUUGGUGAAUGUUCCGGAAAGGUCUUGCCUGCCAACCCAGUACCAUAGAGGGGUGUUCCAGCAGUCCACUACCAUAGCGGGCAGACAUCUGAAAUAUACAUUGAGAUUCCUUAGCUCCUAUUUGGUCAAGGUGCUCAUAUCUUGUGAGCAAAUGUUUCCCCUACACAGCAUCAGGCUAUGAUUCAACCUAUUUUAAUUUACUUAUAAGUUUUAAACAAGUUUAUAGGAUAAAUUAGCAAUAUUUCAAUUUUAUUUAUUAUCUGAAUUAACAGCAAACUUGUAAGCUGUCUAUUGGUAUAAAUAUUUUUAAAUAAAAACAUUAUUACUGUUUUUUUAAAUAUAAUUUUGGAAUUUUUAUUUGCCAAUAUUAAUUUUUUUGUUUAACCUUGCUGUUUACCAUGUAAAUCAUUUAAAAACAUUAAAACAAAACAUAUGUUAAACUGUCUUAAAAAUAAAAAGACGCUUUCCUUCCAGUUUUAUUUGAACAUUUAAACUUAUUUUGAAGUAUGGAAAAUUUAAAUUAUACCAAACACAAAGACAACUCAUAUAUAUCUAACUCUAUGUAUACAUGGGGAUCUAUUUUGCACAAGAUUUUUUUUUUUUCAUUUCAGGAUGAUGUUACUUUGUACUUUAUUCUUGAGGAAUUUAUUAGUGAUAUGUUCUAUAAAGGGACUAUAAGUUCUGUUAUUUAUUACUUCAUCAUGAAUCUAGAAUUCAAGCUUUGAAAAGAUAAUAUAAAGCAACUUUGCUUAGAUAAAGUACAGUAAGUGUAAUUUAUGACACUGUAUAUCUCAAUAGAUUCAAGUUUUCCUGAAUAAAAAUAUGAGAUAGAAGAGAAA